GCUGCGGGACUAACUUCCAGAGGCCUCGGUAGUUUUUUCUGUUACGCCUCAUUGGUCGGUUUCAACGAGGAAAUGUGGCUCCAUUUUGAUGUUGAUCUGUCAAACAGACUUGGAGUCAAUGCUGAAUCUUCGCUCGAGGACGGCUGUCAGCUCUAGCAAACCACGAGCUGUUGUUUAGUGCUUCUGGAAAAUAGAUAACAUGAUCUGACGCGAACACACAAGCUGUGGAAGAUCUCGUCAAUUGAAAGGUUUUUCCAAGUAGGAACUCAGAGUUUUUGCUGUGGCAAACAGAGCUAUGAUGCGCACCUGAAGACAUCUUGAUCUCAUGGGCUCCUAUCCUGUGCUGACCCAAUGGUUUAAUCACCAGGACUCAAAAUGAGCAUAAGCAGUGAUGAGGUCAAUUUCCUGGUUUACAGAUACCUGCAAGAGUCAGGCUUCUCUCACUCAGCGUUCACCUUUGGCAUAGAGAGCCACAUUAGCCAGUCCAACAUCAAUGGAGCCCUGGUGCCCCCUGCUGCCCUCAUCUCCAUCAUUCAGAAGGGCCUGCAGUAUGUGGAGGCUGAAGUCAGCAUCAAUGAGGAUGGGACAUUAUUUGACGGGCGGCCAAUCGAGUCACUGUCUCUCAUCGACGCUGUGAUGCCAGAUGUAGUCCAGACCAGGCAGCAGGCCUACAGGGACAAGCUGGCCCAGCAGCAGCAGGCGGCUGCAGGAAGUGGCAGCAGUACAGGGCCCCAGGGGAGCACAAAGAACGGGGAGGGGGCUGCCAACGGGGAGGAAAAUGGAUCCCACGCCUUAGCCAAUCACCACACAGAGAUGAUGGAGGUGGAUAGAGACGUGGAGAUCCCCCAGAGCAAAGCCAUGGUCCUAAGGGGCCAUGAAUCAGAAGUAUUUAUCUGUGCCUGGAACCCCGUCAACGACCUCCUUGCCUCUGGGUCUGGGGACUCGACAGCACGGAUAUGGAACCUGAGUGAGAACAGCACAGGCGGAUCCACCCAGCUGGUUCUGAGGCACUGCAUACGAGAAGGAGGCCAGGACGUACCAAGCAACAAAGACGUCACCUCACUGGACUGGAAUAGCGAGGGAACAUUGCUCGCAACCGGCUCAUAUGAUGGCUUUGCAAGAAUAUGGACGAAGGACGGGAACCUGGCCAGUACUUUAGGUCAGCAUAAAGGUCCUAUAUUUGCACUCAAGUGGAAUAAGAAAGGAAAUUUCAUCCUCAGCGCUGGUGUAGACAAGACCACGAUUAUUUGGGACGCCCACACAGGAGAAGCAAAGCAGCAGUUUCCUUUCCAUUCUGCUCCUGCUCUGGACGUGGACUGGCAGAGCAACAACACAUUUGCCUCCUGCAGCACAGACAUGUGCAUCCAUGUGUGUAAGCUCGGUCAGGACAGACCUGUCAAGACCUUCCAGGGACACACGAAUGAAGUGAACGCCAUCAAGUGGGAUCCCACUGGCAGCCUGCUGGCCUCCUGCUCAGAUGACAUGACACUGAAGAUCUGGAGUAUGAAGCAGGACUCGUGUGUCCAUGACCUCCAGGCUCACAGUAAAGAAAUCUACACCAUCAAGUGGAGCCCAACAGGCCCCGGGACCAACAACCCCAGCGCUAACCUCAUGCUAGCCAGUGCAUCAUUUGACUCAACGGUGCGUCUGUGGGAUGUGGAGCGCGGGGUGUGUAUCCACACACUGACUCGCCAUCAGGAGCCUGUCUACAGUGUGGCCUUCAGCCCUGAUGGCCGGCACCUCGCCAGCGGCUCCUUUGACAAGUGUGUCCACAUCUGGAACACUCAGACGGGUGCUUUAGUUCACAGCUACCGGGGGACAGGAGGGAUCUUCGAGGUAUGCUGGAACGCCACAGGGGACAAAGUAGGAGCCAGCGCGUCAGAUGGAUCGGUUUGUGUAUUAGACCUGAGGAAAUGACACUCGACUGGGGGAGCCAUGGACCGACUACGAAUGUGUACAUAGCCAAAAUGACUGACUGUCCCUGCCUGUCCGCCACACUGCUGUAGUCCCAUCAGAGGCCAUGGCCCACCGUCAGAGCCAAACGGAGCCCCCCCCCCCAAUCGUGAUUACACAAGGACCACACCUUCACCACACACUGUUUCAAUGCACGUGUCAGACAUGCAACAGGUACGUUUGGACAUGUGUCUCGCUCUCACAGACCUGCAGGGAAAACACAUCUCUGUUGUCCCAUUUUACAAACUUAACGGUCCCAUCACACACAAACCAAAACACCAGGAUCCAUCCUGCUUCCCUCUUUUUAUCCUUUGUACCUUAAUUUACACAUUUGUGUGUCUGUUGGUGUGUGCAUAUUGCAUAUGUCAGCAUCUGGUGUCCUGUGGACAUUUUUGUUUUGAAUUUGGAUUUUACUGAUCUCUGUGGGUUUUAUAUUUCAUGUUGGGUGGGAGAGAAGGGGGGGGUGUCUUUUAGGAUGGGUGUUCAAAGCUGUUCAUUGGGAGAUCCAUUAAUUCACUUUGUGGCACUUGUUAGGGUUCAGAAAAUGCAGGUGUACAGCUCAGAAGCUGAAAUGGAAUUACAGCAGCUCUUUUUUAACAGAGAUUUGCUCCAUUCUUGCUGUUUUUAACAAAGUCUAAAGCAGUUAAUCAAAGGAAAACUGUCCUUUGUUUUUGCAACUUUUAUCCUCAGAAAUGUUUUUUUCAGGUGUUCACAAUUCAUCAGGUUAAUAUAUACAUAGAGCUCUACAGAAUUUAAAACCUCCGAGCUGAAAGAUAAUCUAUAUUGGUGUUAAAUACUGUGUGGAUCUCAUGUUCGUACGUGUGCUGACCAGAAAGAUUUCCAACGCUUCAGGUUUCUGUCACUGAGCUCGUCCCGAGUCUGCAUCUCAGGCUCGCCAACAGAUAGCUGCACAUCGGUGUCAGCAGUGAGGUAACAUAGCACAGGAAGAGUCUGACUUCUGUCGCCAGUCACAGCUCCUUGGACCUGAAGGGAAAGAGAGAUAAAGCUACAGGAAAUCAGGCCUGUGACUGCUCAUAUCCAUCUAUGUAAACAUUUAAUACUUUAAAUUUUACUCAUUUCCUCAAUUGAUGACUUGUUGCCAUCCACUGCUGAACGAUAAUCAAACUAAGCCUUUGUAAUUGUGUCCGGUUUACCCUCGAGGACAUCAUCAGGAGGAUCACAUCCUCAGCAGGACACAGGCUCCAUUAUGGAGCCUUUUAAAACACAGCUCACUUCUCAACCUAAUGGAAACACUGGAGGUCAUAUCACAGUCUUGAACUAUGAGCAGUUAUUUACAGUUGGCUUAUAAACAUCCUGAAUAAUGCUGUAACACAACUUUCAUGUCUAAUACAGGACUCAGUAACGCACUACAGCACCUGCCAGAGUUUACUGUCAGGCAGCUUCUGUCCAGCAUCACUGACUAUAUAUGAAGAUGGACAAUGUUUCUACCUCCUUCUGUUGUACAAAAAUGAAGCCAAAAUACCCCUCAUAAAGGGGGCUCUGAAAUCAAGAAAAGUGCGUUAAGAAUUGGCUGGGGACACAACAAUAUUAACAUCCUGCUCCUACUGCUAACCAAAACAUGCAUUCAACCUUCUGAUAACAGUCCAGUCCACAGCAGGACAGACUUUCGUGUAGCGCUAAAGCAGACAUAGCAUACACAAACCUACAGUAAAGUCUGGAAUUGAAGUUGCCCCACUUUAUAAGCAGAAGUCUGUUUUUUAGAAUCUCCCAAAGGGGGCAAAGGUUUAAACUGUCAUCCUGUGUGACAAUUUUAAUUUCAUUUGAGAGGGGUCCUGCAGCUGCAGACAGUGCAUCUCUGACAGCCCUUCUCACAGGCCGUUCAUCUUAGACACCAAAUAACUUGAAAGUGCUGGGCCAGUACAACAAAUUUCUAGUCUUUGCUUUUUUUUUUUUUUUUUUUUAAAUUCAAAUUUAUUCAAGUCUGGCCAUUACAUUCUUGAACAAAAACAAUAUUGCAAACAUUACAGACUAAGCAACAUUUCAUAAAUAAACAGAAAAAAGUUCAGCAGUCUAAACCAAUAAUAAAUCAUGUAUAGAAAUGUUUUAGAAGUAGCUACACGAAUAGUUGCUCGCUUUAGCUUUGUCAACUUUGGCUAUGCUAGCUAUGUAAUCUAGGUUACUGCAUAAGCCAGUAUAGCUAAGUUAGCUUUGGCAAACGUUGCUAAAUCUAGCAUAGCUACAUAGACAAUGUACCUAUGUAGUUUACAUAGCUACUUUGUGAGCUAAGCUUUAGCUAUGUUUGCUACAUAGCUAUGUUAGCUGUGUAAGUACUUCAGCUAUGUUAGCUAGGUAGCUCUUGUUUAUGGCAAAGUUAGCUUAAGCAGCGUGAGCUUUAGCAAACGUAGCUUAAACUAACUCAGCUACAUAGAUAACAUGGAUGUAUAGCUGCUUUGUGAGCUUAGGUCCAGCUGCAUUACCUAUGUAGUUCCGUUAUCAAAGUAGCUUACACAGCUAACAGCGCUACGUAAAUUACAAUGGCUGCAUUAGAGUGUUUUUGUGGAGGACAAGCUUUUUUUCCUGUAAGCAAACUGUUAACUUGGCUUUACUAAACAUAUUGUAAUCAGAUUUUGAAUUUUACCAUCUGUUUUCGUAGUAUGGGGAUUGCACAUCUACUAGGUACAGUCCAGUAGUUGAGCUCUCAGCCUCCGAUGAUUUUUGUGGGAUGAACUCACCCUGUCCUCAUGCCCCUGUAACAUGCCAAUAUUGAGUAGUGUUUCCAGUCAAACCAGCACUCAAUGGUAACAGUAACACUGCAGUAUACUUCCUAUUUUCUUUAAAUGCAGGAUUAUGACCAACCAAGGAAGAAAAGCUGUUAAAAAGUGGCACUAACCACCUAACCAAAUUGUGUAAGGUCUUGUUCAGAAUGUCAUGGGGCAGCUGCAUGCAAUUGCAGUAAAGUCUCAACACUUCAUGUCAGCCUGGUCUAUAAGCCACAGCCAACUUUAGAAAGGAAAAAUGUGUAUCAAAAGAGCAGUUUCUGCAUUGGAUUUUAUAGUAAAACACUCCUUUAUUAGUGUUUUUAACAUUUUCCCUGGGCAUUCCUCCUGUAUUCUUAUAUUCCAGAAAUCUGCUGGAGCCAACAUAGCUAUUAAUCAUUGAGCUGUCCAUUUCAGAAGAAACAAAACAGAGCGUAGCUUCUUUGAAAGCUGUAUCUUUGGAUAUAAAUCAAGACAAGAAGAAGUUUGAAGACAGAAACUGUGAUUUCAGAAUUAAUAAUUUGAUGCACAUUUUCUUUAUUGUUUUUUUUUUUUUUUUUACCCAUCUGAAGGAGGAGUGAUGGAAAUGCAGCCAGUAGCUAACGAGGUGAAAUGUUUUGGCUUCACUUUUGCGGGAUCUGAGACAUUGUCCAUCUUUAUAUAGGGUCAUGUCCAGCAUUAACACAAACUUAUUCUUUGGAGACAGGCUACAUUCAGGCCUAUGCACCGAUAGAUGGCGCUUGUGUUCGUAGUGUUCAGAGUUGGCAUUUUGAAACAAGACUGCUUUUAAGUUCAAGCAGAUUUGCAGCAAAUGCAUUGAUGUAACCUGCAUAUAACAUAUAUAUAUAAAAUAUAUAUCUGUGCUAUCACAGGGGAUUCUUUUUAAUGCCACUCAUACGCUAAGAGUGGGUUUUAAAGUUACUUUUUGAAAUCAGUUUGUGGUGUUUUUGUGCAUCACCUUGAGGUGUGGCCAAGAGGAAUGGUUUUUAUAAAAUACCAUUAAACAGUCAUAGAAAAAUGUAAAAAAAAACAAAAAAAACAAAAAAACAAGUAGCCCUUCAGAGGGUUUUUUUCCUGCACUUUAGAUGAAAAUGGAGAAACAGGGAGGUGUGUUUAUUCAAGUCAUUAAAAACACAUCCAGUAACACAUCCAGUGUUCAAAAUGCUCUUAAAGAUGAAUCUGAACUAAUGCAGAAAGUGUGCAGUGUCUGAUGGGUAACAAGGGUCUUCUUGAGGUUACGUCGAAUCAAAACCAGGCCACCUUCAUGGCAUUCCAGGUCCUGUCCUGCUAAAGGCUUAACUCACGCACAUACACACACAAGUCGCCGCACGUCUCGAAAGUCUUGUUCAGAAUGUUUUUCAAAAAUUUUGUACUGAAGCUAAAGACUAUUUUGAAGUUUGCUUUAAUACAGUCAGCAGUGAUUGGACUGUACCACAAAGACACUAUUUCAAUGAUGUCUAUGACAGUGGAAUGGUAUUUUAUAAUGUUUUGUUUUUAGAUGAGAAGCUUUUUACACUGCAUUCAAGUGUGUUUGCUAUUUUUUGUUCCUACAAAAGUACUAACGUUAAUUCUAUCUUUGCUAUGUUGGAGAGUCCUUGAAGGUUUUGUACUUCUCAAAACUUUUGUAAUCUUGAUUUAUUUGUAGCUACAUACACCAAUUGAACAAAAUAUAUAUAUAUAAAUACAUAUAAAAUUGAUUGGAUUUCAUUAUUGAUGUAUUAUAACACAGAACAUGUAAAUAUCAAUUUGCAGAUUUUUUUUUUGUUGUGUUGUCUUUGCCCUCACCUUUGUCUCUUUCUCUCUCACUCACGUGGUUGCGACCUGCAGCCUCCUGAUCUGACUGUUGUUAUAUCACUCAGAUUUCAAGGU